AUGCCUUCGCUCAGAGACCUCAACUGCUCCAUUGAGCUCUGCGAUAGCCAACAAGCCUUGCAAGAAUUUGGUACUAUCUACAGAGAUGGCUUCGUCGAGACUUUUGUCGCUGUACCGAGCAGGCCGCAGCCGUUCUCAGUCCACCUUACCUCCAACAAGUUCAUCGCCCCUGGGCUCUCAAUGUACGUUUUUAUAGACGGCGUGUACCAAUGCAAUCGGAACAGACAAGACUUGAAACUGCGCAAGCCCUCGGACAGCCGUUCACUCGUCGACUUCCGAGUCCGUCAGAAGGAGGAAAAGCAACAGGACGGCUCGAUGGUUGCGCGUGAGUGGACGUUCGAGAAGCUCAAUAGCGCAUCUGCAGAUGACGCACCCGAUCUAUGCUCGCCUAGUAUUCUCGAUAAUAUUGGUUGUAUUGAAAUCAUCGUCCUACGGUGUGCCAGUUCCCGCAAUGCAAAAACCGCUUCACAUAUGAAUUUGGACGGCGCCGGUGAUAUCUCACAUAAAUUUAGCUUAGAUGGACAACCUCGAACGCCGGAUGGAAGACCGACUUAUGACGACCGCGGGCAUUUUGUUAGUGGCUUUGGUAAUGCUUAUGGGCCACAACCAACAAGGCCAUUUUAUCGCUCGCCGUAUGCUGAGACAGUUCAGAGCCAGGAAAAUGCUGCGCCACAAAGCCGCCGUAGUACUCAUAUGACUAGCAAAACUUCUCCUCUAGCUUCUAUAACACGACACCCACGGCCGCACUCCAGAUCCACCGAGCCUAUCAGCCCCGGCACUCGACGAUCACCAAUGGAUUUCCCCUAUCCCGGGGUUCAGUAUGGCAGCGGACCCUUACCUCCGGCAGAAGAACCUUUUCAUAAUCGUCCACCCAGUGCUACAGUGACCGUUGUUCCUGGUGAAGGUGUAGACUCAACCUGGCUUGACAGACUUCUAACGAAAGCAGUCAAGCAAGGUGUCGAAGAAUCCCGACGAAAGGAAGCGCCUCCAGAGGUCCAUAUCAGACCCAAUCAUCUUGCACUUAACACAAAGACAAGUCAGCCCCCGGGAGCGUGGCCCAUUUCUCCACAUAAGAUGAUGGAGCAAAUGUCUCAGCAACCAGACCCGACUGGACAUACUAUACACAACUUCGAUGAUGAUCACAGCAAAACUUGGGGCCAGCAACAAGGCGGCUGGAGUCAGGAUCAAGCCGGGAACAGAAGAGGUACUUUUGUUACAUGGAACGAAGAGCCUGCCUGGGAGAGCUCCAACGCUGAUGGAUGGAACUCACAUGAGGAGACGCCAGAGGAUUCAUGGGAUACAGAUGAGACUUGGACUACAAAGAAGCCCGAAGGUUGGGAAGCUCAUAGGCGACGUGCAAGGUCUAGAGUGCCAACUGCUCCAAGUUCUUUUGAUUCACGCCCAGGAUCGCCAGUUACAGUUCGCACACGCGAGCGACACCGCCCAAACACUGUCCAAUCGCGAAAAACCCGCUCGAAGUCUCGUCUGAGACACUCUCGACGAAAAGAUGAAGUCGGAUCCUCGUCUGAGGACAACGAAGGCUGGACUCAUAUCGAAGCUACGUCAGAUUCAAUCACUUCUUCAAAAAGCUCGGAAGGUACUGUACAGCCAUAUCACCCUCGCAGUCAAUUACACAUGCCGCGAAGCAAGGAUAGACGAAGUCGCCAUUCAAAGUCUGCUCAUAGUAACCAUGAACGAAAGUCAUCGUGGCAUUCAUACCAUGCCCCUACUUGGCAGCCAACAGAAAUACCUGCGGGGCCAGCUCCUUCCGUAGUGACACGACUCACACCAACUAUGAUGAACGUCCCGGCUUCCGUGCUUCCAGCUGCACCGAGGAAGAAUAGCUAUGCCUCUUCAUACAAACCACCUGCCCCAUACGCUACUACCUUGCAGAAUUCCCCACAAAGUGUCGUAGGCAAUCAUCGCCAUGGCAGUCGUUCAGCCUCUUCAUCGUCUUGGGGCAGCAAGAAAAAGUCUGAUGAUGCGAAGGAGUCUUGGGGAGACAAUGCUGAAAAACAAACUGGUUGGAACGAUAUUGGUGCCGGCAAUUGGGGGAAAACGUUCACUAGUAAAGAGGGUGCAAACAGCUGGGAGGCUAUGGGUGAUAACCAGAAUGCUGAGUGGAAAACAACUGAUGACGCAAAGGGUGUUCAAGCUAGUGCUUGGGACACGAACAAUACUGCAUGGAAUGUAGAAGACAAUUUGAAAGAGGUAGAGAAGGAAAAAGAUACCGAAGCUGCCGAUGCUUGGGAUACGAAUAAGGACGAUUGGAAGACCACCAAAGACGCUGAUGCUCCAUGGGGUAAUUGGGGAGACAUAGGGAAUAACCAAGACACUACCGACAAAAAUAUCGCUGUCCAAUGGAACACGAAAACCCUCUGGGAGCCUGUCACAAGUUUAGACCAGCCCGCCAAAGCCACCUCGACUUCGAAACGACAAACCAGCAAAUCUCUCUCUAGAUAUAGACAAAGUCGUUCUACAGCGUCCGACCUUGCGCCAAAAGCACACUGGCAAUUCCCGCCUCCACCUUCGAAGAAGAUACUCUUGCCGAUUCCCGAGGGCUACGAUGGCUCGAAGGCCCCGUCAAUUGUGCCCAAGGAACCACUGUACAAGAUCAGCAAAAAGACAGCGAGUGAGAAGGGUAUUGAACAUCAAGUUAGAGCUGGGAAGGGGAUGCAGUAUGGCCAUCUGGUGGGCCGGCCGGAGUACUUGGAUCGUCUAGACAUGCCUUACGCAGUAUUCCGCUUCAAAUACCGUAGCCGCUCGAUGCUGAAGAGCAUGUUCGGCGACCAGAUCCCCCAUCACGGUCACCUUACGCUUCCCACCCCCGGCUCUACAACUACCAAAGCGAAGGAUAAGCUCAAGGAACUUCCGCAAGACCAACUCAUCGCGAAGAUGCUCAAGCUGCAGGCCAAACUCGCGGAAAAGGAGCACGCGAAGAAGGAGCAUGCCCCUAAGCAUCAUAAGCACAAAGCGCGGCGGCCCAGUGACGCAACAGAGGCUGUGGCAAGGGAUUUGACAGAGAGCUGGGUCAAGCAGCACAGUAGGGAGACGAGUGAGAAAGGCAAGAACGAAAAAGAUAGUGGAAAGAAGAGUGUGCGGGCAAAGGACAAGGAAGGCAAAGAAGCGUGGGGCAAGACUGCUGGAGGCAACGGGGAGUGGCCAAAUGCGAUUUGGUAG